CCGCCCCGGCUCCGCCCCUCGGCCGGUGGCCCCGGGGCGACAAGGGGAGGAGCUCGGCGUCUGGAAUCGCGCAGCGCACGGGAUCGUGCCCCGCAGCCUGGUUCCCGGCCGCCGGUCGGAGCCUGCAGUGCAGUUCGCGGGACACGUGGCCAUCAGGAAUAAUGAGCAACCCAUUUGCACACCUCGCUGAGCCUUUGGAUCCUGCACAACCAGGAAAGAAAUUCUUCAAUUUGAAUAAAUUGGAGGAUUCAAGAUAUGGACGACUACCAUUUUCUAUCAGAGUUCUCCUGGAGGCAGCCAUUCGGAACUGUGAUCAAUUUUUGGUGAAGAAAAAUGAUGUUGAAAAUAUCCUAAAUUGGAAUGUCAUGCAGCAUAAGAACAUAGAAGUGCCGUUUAAGCCUGCCCGCGUCAUCCUGCAGGACUUCACGGGUGUGCCAGCUGUAGUUGACUUUGCUGCCAUGCGUGAUGCUGUGAAAAAGUUAGGAGGAAAUCCAGAGAAAAUAAACCCUGUCUGUCCCGCUGACCUUGUCAUUGAUCAUUCCAUCCAGGUUGAUUUCAACAGAAGGGCAGACAGUUUACAGAAGAAUCAAGACUUGGAAUUUGAAAGAAAUAGAGAACGAUUUGAAUUUUUAAAGUGGGGCUCUCUGGCCUUUCGCAACAUGCGGAUUAUUCCUCCUGGCUCAGGAAUCAUCCACCAGGUGAAUCUGGAGUAUUUGGCAAGAGUGGUAUUUGAUCAGGAUGGAUAUUAUUACCCAGACAGUCUUGUGGGCACGGAUUCGCACACUACCAUGAUUGAUGGUUUGGGCGUUCUCGGUUGGGGUGUGGGUGGUAUCGAAGCAGAAGCUGUCAUGCUGGGCCAGCCAAUCAGCAUGGUGCUUCCCCAGGUGAUUGGCUACAGGCUGAUGGGAAAUCCCCACCCCCUGGUAACAUCCACUGACAUCGUGCUCACCAUCACCAAGCACCUCCGCCAGGUUGGGGUAGUGGGCAAAUUUGUCGAGUUCUUCGGGCCAGGGGUAGCCCAGUUGUCCAUUGCCGACCGAGCUACAAUUGCCAACAUGUGUCCAGAGUAUGGAGCCACUGCUGCCUUUUUCCCGGUUGAUGAAGUCAGUAUCAAGUACCUGGUGCAGACAGGUCGUGAUGAAGAAAAAGUAAAGCAUAUUAAAAAGUAUCUUCAGGCGGUAGGAAUGUUUCGGGAUUUCAGUGACUCCGCUCAAGACCCAGACUUUGCCCAGGUUGUGGAGUUAGAUUUGAAAACAGUAGUGCCUUGCUGCAGUGGACCCAAAAGGCCUCAGGACAAAGUUGCCGUAUCUGACAUGAAAAAGGACUUUGAGAGCUGCCUUGGAGCCAAGCAAGGAUUUAAAGGAUUCCAGUUUGCUCUGGACCAUCAUAAUGACCAUAAGACAUUUAUCUAUAAUAAUAGCGAGUUCACCCUUGCUCAUGGUUCUGUGGUAAUCGCUGCCAUUACUAGCUGCACUAACACCAGUAAUCCAUCUGUGAUGUUAGGAGCAGGCUUGUUAGCAAAGAAGGCUGUGGAUGCUGGCCUGAACGUGAAGCCUUACAUCAAAACUAGCCUAUCUCCUGGAAGUGGUGUGGUCACCUACUACCUGCGAGAAAGUGGAGUCAUGCCUUACCUGUCUCAGCUUGGGUUUGAUGUGGUGGGCUAUGGCUGCAUGACCUGCAUUGGCAACAGUGGGCCCUUACCUGAAGCUGUGGUAGAAGCCAUCACGCAGGGGGACCUUGUUGCUGUUGGAGUACUGUCUGGGAACAGGAAUUUUGAAGGGCGAGUCCACCCCAAUACCCGGGCCAACUAUUUAGCCUCUCCGCCUUUAGUAAUAGCGUAUGCAAUUGCCGGGACCAUCCGGAUCGACUUUGAGAAAGAGCCACUGGGGGUAAAUGCAAAGGGACAACAGGUAUUUCUGAGAGAUAUCUGGCCAACCAGAGAUGAGAUCCAGGCAGUGGAGCGUCAGUAUGUCAUCCCUGGGAUGUUUAAGGAGGUCUAUCAGAAAAUAGAGACUGUGAAUGAGAGCUGGAAUGCCUUAGCAGCCCCAUCAGAUAAGCUAUAUUACUGGAAUCCCAAAUCUACAUACAUUAAGUCACCACCAUUCUUUGAAGACCUGACUUUGGAUCUGCGGCCCCCUAAAUCGAUAGUGGAUGCCUACGUGCUGUUAAAUUUGGGAGAUUCAGUAACAACGGACCACAUAUCUCCGGCUGGAAAUAUUGCAAGAAAUAGCCCUGCUGCUCGCUACUUAACUAACAGAGGCUUGACUCCACGAGAAUUCAACUCCUACGGCUCCCGCCGAGGUAACGACGCCAUCAUGGCGCGGGGGACAUUUGCCAAUAUCCGCUUAUUAAACAAAUUCUUGAACAAGCAGGCACCACAGACUAUCCACCUGCCUACUGGCGAAAUUCUUGACGUGUUCGAUGCCUCUGAGCGGUACCAGCAGGCGGGCCUUCCCCUGAUAGUUCUGGCCGGCAAAGAGUACGGCUCAGGCAGCUCCCGAGACUGGGCGGCCAAGGGCCCUUUCCUACUGGGAAUCAGAGCUGUCCUGGCUGAGAGUUACGAGCGUAUUCACCGAAGUAACUUGGUCGGGAUGGGGGUGAUCCCCCUCGAGUAUCUCCCCGGGGAGAAUGCAGACACCCUAGGACUCACAGGGCGGGAACGAUACACUAUCAGCAUUCCAGAAACCCUCAAACCACGAAUGAAAGUCCAGGUCAAGCUGGAUACCGGCAAGACCUUCCAGGCUGUCAUGAGGUUUGAUACCGACGUGGAGCUCACUUAUUUCCACAACGGGGGCAUCCUCAACUACAUGAUUCGCAAGAUGGCCAAGUAGGCCCUGGUUUCCUCGGAGAUGGGCAUCCUGGCCGCAGCGGGGAGGAAGCGCAGUGCCUACAGCCCGCAGGCCCUGGCAUGGCAGUCUCUCCACCCCAGCCUUUCCCCUCCCCUCUCCUCCCCUCCACGCAGGGGCGCUUCCAGCCCAGGGUGCCCUAAGGUUCCGGUGCCCAUCCUCUGCACACAAAAUCAGCAGUCUCUACAUGCUCUAUUUUUGUUAAUCUUUUUAUCUUUUUCUAGAAUUUGGAAGCUUAGAAUGGUGGGAUUGUCAGUUGUGCCAGGAAGGGAGAGCUGAGCCCUUUACAGUUACUGAUCACAGAAUAUGUUGAUUUUUCACUCUUAGCCUGUACUGUUCAGCUGAACACAAAUGUCUCCCGCCCGAUUUUUGGUUUCUCUGUUACCCUCUGCUCAAUGAAACCUUUCCCUUGAGAGUCCUUUGCCUCUGCAUACUGUCCCAAAAUUAACUGACAAGGCAGAGAAGAACUUUUUCACACUUCAAAUCCUAGCCGUGACUGUGAUCCCCUCGCCCCGCCUUUUCCUCCAGAGUGAAUGAUCCAGACACCUCAUGGAUGGCUCAGAGGUUGAAAUUUUUUGAUUAUGUACCUUUUGAUAGAUCAACACUGAAGAAAUAUGGAGGUUUCUUUUACUAUAUUCAAACAUUUUCCCCAGAAAAUGUUUCAUGUAUCGAGAGAACUUUAGAUGUGGUUUUGGAGAGAGAUGCAGAACAUUUCUAAUUUGAAUACGAUUAAAUCUAUUUUCAAGGAAAA